AUUCAAGGCGCGAAUGGAACGAUCGCUUGCAAGUUGGAGGAAGACUGGAUUUCAAUACGAAUAAAAACUUUGUAGUUUUCUUCAAUUUAAUUGCCAAACAAUAUAAUUUCGCUCGAGGAAUAUUGGUGUUUUGGAUUUAAAGUUGAAGGAAAUACUUAGUGUUUAUCGGUUGAAUCGCUUAAGUCUUCAUUACAAUAGGAACUUAGGGCUAAGUUCCUUGACAGUUUUUAUUCGUUUGUUCGUCUUCGGGAACAGUUUUCAUUCUUCGUGGGCGCCUUCUGGAAAUCGUCUGGGUGUACUUACUAGAUCUGCAGCCAGCUUCUCUUUGGACAAGGAUUAUCAACGCAAUUUGGAUUCUUUGGUGACGUUUGAUAAUGCCUGGGUCAAGAAAGGGACAUGGCACAAUGGAAGCAGACAAAAAAGUAAGUCACGAUGAGUUGCCUGUUAAUUGUAAUGAUAUGUAUGAUGCUCAGCAUGUUAAGUUUGAUGUUCACGCCUCACCGUUAAGUGACAGUAAGGGUUUAAGAUUGCCUAAGUUUGAACCGAGAUACUUCGAUGGAAACCCAGCCGACUACCCACAGUUCAUCAAAGAGUUUGAGGUCAUGCUGAGUGGUUUUGUAUUGAAUGAUGAAAUGAAGUUAAUGUAUUUGUUGAGAUAUUGCACUGGUGUAGCUGCAAGAGCCAUACAGUGCUGCAAGUUUAUGCCCCCGAACGAAGGAUAUACUGAGGCCAUGAAGAUACUACGUCAAAGGUUUGGAAAACCAUAUAUGAUAUCCCGUAGUAUUUUCGAGACAGUGAAAGGUAACGGAUCACAGUUAAACGAUAAUGCAGAGGAACUUGCAGAGUUCUUGGAUAAUUUGAUGGUAUAUAGAAAUACACUCAUGUCUUUCAACUGCGUAGAUGAAUUGAACUCAAGUUCCGUGCUUGAAACUGUUGCCAAGAGAUUACCUGUUCGUCUACAAAGGAAGUUCAUAAAGGUUUGUUCACGUCUAGAGGAGGAAGGUUUAGAGCCCAGGUUGGAUGACAUUGUGAGCCUGUUGAAAGACAGUGUCAACCAAGCUUUGAGCAAGUUUGCUAGUAUACUGCAUCCCUCCCCUGGAAUAGAGAAAUCAGAGAGUGAAAUGCAAUCAUUUAUGACGAAAGGGUCUCAGCGUAGUGGAUAUCGAGAAAGCUGUAUGGUGUCUAGUAAACCUAAUGAUUGUGACAGCUUUAGUGAGACAUCCCCAACGGAUAAGUUACAAGCUGCAAGACAAACACGGUUGUGCUUCGUUCGUUUGCAAGAAGUGCAUACAAAGGCGAACUGUGAAGCAACGAGCAAGUUUAGUUGCAAGCUAAAUGUGAAGUCAGCGUCAUCGUGUUCUGACUCCGAAUCGUGUGACGAUAAUGGUGCGGUGAAGAAACCUGUAGUCGUAACUGAUAAUCCAUUGUUGAAAAGAGUGUCUCAGACGACACCGCAGUUUGUGCAUAAGAAGAGGGUUACAGUUUCAGUGUCCAGUUCUGACUCCACAAGUUUACAAGGUAUUACUAGUCAGAGUAAAGGAAUAAAACCUUUAAGGAUUCAUGAGGAAGAACCUGAGUCAUCUACGGCUGUUAUUAAAGAGUGUGAAAAUGAUGAAGUCGAUCAUACAGACGGCGGUAAAGUGGGUAUUUGUGACAAUGGUCACGGUAGUUCACAUUUAUCUGUGGCUGAUCAUGAUGAGAUUAGCGGAAUGCCUUCUACUACUGAGUUGACUAAAGGUUCUGUACAACUUGAACGUAAAGUAGAAUUAAAGGCAGAUGCGGUUGCUGCAUAUAUGGAUACUCGUGAGGCCGUCAGUUUAAGUGAUCCGAGUGUAGCCCAACUAUCGACAGAUGUUAAAACUGAACUGGAGCCAAUAAUAAAAGAUAGCAGUGGUGGUAAUCCUGUGGUUAGACAACCUCCUAAAGGUCUAACAACAACAGCUUCUAAUACACCGCUAGGUUCUUCAACUGGUGUCAGCCAGUCGUCGUUGG